GCAGUAACCACGCAGGUCGAGCGUUUGGCUUAGGUCAAGUGGUCAGUUUGCGUCGCGACGCCGCAUUGUCAUGUUCUUUCGCACGAAGCUGCAACGUAUACGUUUUAAAAGAUGACUUAAACGAACCGCAAACAUGGCAGAAAACGUGCGAGUGAUUGUGAGAUGUCGGCCCAUGAACAAAAAGGAACAGGAGCUCAAUUGCAAAUGCGUGGUGCGCAUGAACGAUUGCGUGGUGGAAACGUGGGACCCAAACGAAGGACCAUCGUUCCCCAAGACGUUCACCUUCGACUCGACCUACGACCAAGACUCGAGCACCGAGAACAUCUACAACGACAUUUGUUACCCCCUAAUAGAAAGUGUUUUGGAGGGUUACAACGCAACUAUUUUCGUGUAUGGUCAAACUGGCUGCGGCAAAUCCUUCACCAUGGAAGGCUUAAAGAACGGCAGUCAGAAAGGGGUGAUUUCACGAACGUUCGACCACAUUUUCGAAGCAAUCGCCGUCACUACAGGCGUCAAAUACUUGGCUUUGGUCAGCUAUUUGGAAAUCUACAAUGAGCAGAUCAGGGAUUUGCUGCAACCAAGUGAGAAAAUUACGAAUUCCAACUCCUUAAACCUCAAAGAAACCCCCAACGAAGGAGUAACUGUUCCUGGUUUGACGUCUCACCCCGUUCACAACGCAAGUGAAUGUGAGAACUUCCUAAACAUGGGGUCAAAAAAUCGCAUGAUAGGGGCCACACUGAUGAACCAAAACAGUUCAAGGUCCCAUAGUAUAUUCACCAUUAGCAUAGAACAACUCUCCAACGUCAACAACAACGAAAGCAUCCGCAAGGGUAAAUUAAACCUAGUUGACUUGGCUGGAAGCGAAAGACAAACUAAAACUGGGGCGACAGGCGAAAGACUGAAGGAGGCGACUAAGAUUAAUUUAAGUCUGAGUGCUUUGGGCAACGUUAUUUCAGCCUUAGUCGAUGGAAAGGCCAAACAUAUUCCAUAUCGGGACUCCAAGCUCACCAGACUGUUACAGGAUUCCCUGGGGGGCAACACGAAAACGUUGAUGAUAGCCUGCAUCAGCCCCUCAGACAGGGACUACAUAGAAACCCUGUCGACCUUACGUUACGCCAACAGGGCGAAAAACAUAAGCAACAAACCUAAAGUGAACGAAGACCCAAAGGACACAAUCCUGAGGCAAUACCAGGAAGAAAUAGAACGACUAAAAAGCCUUUUGGGCGACCAAAAGCCUCAAAACUAUCUGGAAAUCGAAGACCUAACCAAUGAGCCGGUUGAAGAAAAGCUGGAUGAAAAGCGUGACCAGCUGUUAAAAGAAUACCAGGAGGAGAUGAGGAAGCUGAAGAGCCUGCACGAGACUGAAAAAACUGAAAAAGAGAACGUGUUAAAGCAAAUCGAGAACAUACGCGAGGAGUACGAGAGGAACAUCCAACAGCUGAACGAAGAGAAGGCCAGCAAGGCGUGUUCGCAGGAGGAAAUCGUGAAGAGGAUCGAGGUGUUGAAGGCGGCGAUGAUUGGAGGGGAAAAGGCUGGCGACAAGGAACUGUCGGAGCGGAGGAAACGCAAGAAACAGGAGGCGGAGAAGAGGGCGAGCGUGAUUGCCCACCUGCUGGCCAAAAUCGACCAGAACGAGGACAGGGAGCUGCUCCAGAAUCAGUACAAGGACAUCAGUCAGGAGCUGAACCUCAAAACUGAGGCGUUGAGGAGGUAUCGGCACAAAGUCAAGCUGUUGGAGAAGGAAAUCGGCGACAUUCAGGGGGAGUUUGAGGCGGAACGACAGGAUUAUUUGGAGACGAUCAGGAAGCAGGAAAAAAAUCUGAAGUUGCUAUCGCAAAUUUCUGAAAAACUUUCUGGUACUUUGAAAAAAGACUGCAACUAUAGUGAUUUAGAAGCAAUAAAGGAACAAGCAAUUUGGUUGGAUGACUCGCAGAAGUACAAGUUACCAGAUGUGAUUUUUCCAAGAACUAAACUACCACCACCAGGUAGAGUACUAGAUAUUCAGACAGCACCAGGUCGUUUACAGUACGACUCUUUCGAUGAGGAAGGAAAGAAAUCGACCGAACCCAACAAUGAUCUGAUCGAGAACUACUUUCAACCCACCACCAAACGUGCCAACGAACUCCUCAACCAAUCGUCCAAAAUCAACGCCUCGACCGUCUUCAACAAGUGGCGGGGGGCAAACGCGUUUUCAGAUUACGCCAAAAGGAACAGGAGCACCGAAAACUUGACGCAAGUCCUGACACCGCCCGGCACUUCCAAAAACCUGAACAACAGCUACUCAGGCCUCAACAAUCUUUGGUUGAAUGGUACUUCUUCGAUAAACCCGGACACGAACUACCGUAGACCUUUUCGACUGGAAGCUCUGCCAAACAUUGCGACCCGUCCCCGACUGGGGAAGCUGAACAAGCUCGAGUUUCUAUAGUGAGAUUUGUUGUUGUAUUUUGUGAUACUGAAGAAUUUUUUUAUAUAUGAGACGUUGAGAAAUUGAUAUAAUUUAUAACUGAUGAAUUUUAAUAGAUUGUAAUUGUUAUCAGAUGAGACCAACAGUGUGAUAUUCUCUGAAUUUGAUAUUUUAAUACGUAUUUUUCUGCGCAAUAAAGGCAUUAAAAGGU